AUGGAAGAUGGGUUAACAGAGAUCUCGGGUUUGGUCUCUUAUGGUGGGAGCAAAGAAGAAGAAGAAGGAACUGUAGGGGACGAACAGGAGAGAGAAGAAAGUGAAGAAAAAGAGGAGCAGGCCGAGAAUUCAGGUGGAGGAGGGGUAAUUAGUAAUUUCAUAUCUGCCUUGGUUACUAAAGUAGACGGUGAAGAUGAAGGAGAAGAGAAAGAUGGUGGCCUGAUAAACCAGUUGCUGUCUAACUUGGUUUCGCCUUCGAGUCCCAAGGUUGCCAAGGACGAUGAUGUCUGUAACCGAGGAGAGGAAGAAAAGGGCGGUGGGGUUUUUAGUAAUUUGAUGUUUUCCGGUCAAAGUGAAGGCGGCGGAGAGAGUGGUGGAGAUGGGAGAGUGGUGGCGGGUGGCGGUGGUGGUGGAGGUUUGAUUGAUAAUAUUGUUUCUCACCUGCCUGCACCUCUAGCUGAUGCGGAAGCACCGGCCACCGACGAGGCUUCUAUUUUGAUUCACUCUAUUGUUCACGACUAG